AUGUCGUGGAAUUAUUAUCCGAAGAAUUUUAAAGCAAAUGGUUGGGGCUGGCAUCGAACCGCUAACGCCACAACUGGUUUUUUAUCGAGGGAAAGAGGUGGCGAGGGCAGCUCUGAACCGCUGAUAGGGAAUGGGAGUCUUUACCCAAGCUUACCCUCGGAAGAUGAUACGAUAUUUCGUACUGGGUGCAGACUGUACCCGGCGCUUCCUGCCGAGGAGUACGAAAGUGGUGCUGUUGAGGAGGUGGUGGAAGAAGCCUGUGCAUCUGUUAACGUGAAUUUGGUGGUAAGUUUAUUAAUAUUAUUUAAAGUAAAAAGAAAAUUGUAA